CAUUGGGCGGUCCAGCGACAAGCUAUCCCACUCGAGCAAGACCAUCAGGAUAGCGUCUUCGGGGAUGAUGUGGAAACAAUGUCGGCACUUCCUUCGUCCUUCAUCCUGCAACUUCUCAUCGACGGAGGUGCUGAUCCUUUUAUUCGAAAUAAGCGCGGGUUGACUGCAAUUGACCGCAUGCGAAACUAUAGGGUCGGUUGGCUGCUUAAAUGGGGAUAUGCACAUCCGGAAAUCGUCAGGACCUCCGUUGCAGCCUUUCGAAGACUGAACCCAACGCCGAGAUCAGCAUUGCCGUGUCGUAGCCACUCCAUAACAGAAUCACUUCUUGCAAGAGGUUUACCGUCAUCCGUGGAUCUUGAAGAUGAUAUGGAUCUAGGUACCCCAACCGAGUCCUCUGACACAACGAAAUCUUUCUAUACCGCCGAUGAAGCAGUCAAAAUCGACACAAAUCUCAAGAUCCAGAAGAAACGAUUAUGGAACUCUUGGCGACCAUCUUGAGGUUUUCCAGAGUUCGUGCGAUUCUUUAUUCAUUCAGUUCAUAGCUAGGGAGAGGUGCGUCUCAACAGACAUUCCCAGACGACGGAAACCCUGCCGACCAUUCAGGCCUGCUGUUAGCUCACGCGUGGCACCAGUACACAUCAGG